AUGGGCAAUGUGCGCGUCUACUGCCGUGUGCGUCCGCACAACGCCAAAGAGCUCACGAUGGCCGCCGCCCAGCGCUGUGUGUUUACCGACAAUGUGGCAAUUGAAGUCAAGGUCAGUGAAGGAAACGCACAGCAUUUUGCGUUUGAUCACGUUUUUGGAGAAGAGGACAAUCAGAAGACAGUGUUUGAGAGCGUGGCCCGUCCAGUAGUCCAAGAUAUCAUGGAUGGGUACAAUGCGACCAUCUUUGCUUAUGGCCAGACAUCGUCGGGGAAGACGUACACCAUGGAAGGAGCCAACAUCGAUCAUCCAGAGCUGCAGGGCAUCAUCCCGCGCACAGCGACGGAGAUCUUCAACAAUGUCAUGAAUGCCGACGAGAACAUGGAGUUUAUCGUGAAAGUGAGCUACAUCGAGAUUUACAUGGAGCGCAUUCGCGACCUACUGGAUCCGUACAAGUCCAAGGUGAAUCUCCAAGUCCGUGAAGACGCGCGACGCGGCAUCUUCGUCGAAGGAAUGACAGAAAUGUGUGUGACGAGUGACGAGGAACUGCUGGCUGCAAUGCGCGCAGGUGCUGCUAACCGUGCUGUGGCAGCAACAGGAAUGAACGAAGGAAGUUCUCGUAGUCACAGUGUCUUUAUGGUGACGCUGUUCCAGCGCAACCUCGAGAACCAAGCCACAAAGGCUGGCAAGCUAUACCUCGUGGAUCUUGCCGGGUCUGAAAUGGUGCGCAAGACUGGUGCAACGGGCCGUCAGCUUGAAGAGGCGAAGACGAUUAACAAGUCGCUGUCAGCAUUGGGAAUGGUCAUCAACGCCCUCACUGACUCGAACAUGACUCACGUGCCAUAUCGCGACAGCAAGCUCACCCGUGUGCUGCAGGAAUCGAUCGGCGGUAACUCGCGCACGGCGUUGAUAAUCAACGUCUCGCCAAGCAGCUUCAACGCAUCGGAGACGAUUUCGACGCUACGCUUUGGCAUGCGUGCCAAGUCGAUUACAAACAAGGCAGUCGUCAACGAACAGCGCAGUGUUGCUGAGUACGAAGCGUUACUUGCUGCGGCCGAGAAGAAAAUCGCAAAGCAGCAGACACACAUUAUCGCGCUUGAAGCUAGACUAUCGGUCAAAGAAGACCCAGACGGAGAAGGUCAAGCAGCAUCUAUGGCUGGUAUCGAAGGCUCGGGUGAGAAUGCAAAACCUGAACCUGACGGCUGUAUCGACGCGGUUGACCAAGAGCUGGAACUGCCAGAUGCUACAGCUGAUGAACUGCCACCAUCGCGCUCCGCUCGAGCAGGGCGUGCGCUGGCAGAAUUGCAGGAGAGAGUGACCCAGCUCGACGAAGAGCUAGCUGAGGAGAGACAAGAAUCGAUGCGACGCGGAGAGGAGAUCCGAUUGCUCUCGGCUAAGCUAGAGGAGCACGCCCAUGCACUCGAGACGCAGCGCGUGCUGUCGGAGGAACUGCAAAGAGUGAAGGAACUACAAGCUACGACGCUGCAAGAGAAGAUCCGCCGAUGCGAGACUUUAAACUCGGAUUUGCGCUCAGACUUUGACAAACUCAAUUUUGAUCAUAAAGAACUUCAAAUUCACUCGGAGACGAUUCAGAGCGAGUACGACGCGCUACUGCAAGAAGUGUUGGCACAAAGAGCGGCCGGAGGCGGCGGUAAACUGGCAGCGGCAGCGGAAAUGAUUGCUCGCACAGAAUUGUCAGCAGAUCAGAGGGUUCAGGACCGUGCUGGCGAGCAUGCUGCAGAGGAUCAGGAGCAGAAAUCGAGGGAUGCGUCGCCGACGGAACACACCGAACUCGGCACCGACUUGCAACAGUACAUCGAUCUGAAGGCCAAGUACACGGCACUCGAAGCCGAGCUGAGAGAGUACGAGAAAGAGUACCUCGCACUGAAGCAGUCGACCGAUCAUGAGAAAACUUGUCUGCAGGAAGACAUCGAUCGUAAAACGGCCCAAAUUCAGAAUCUCGAAGCGCGGGCUGAUCGGGCGGGCGCAUCGACCGGGGAGCUUUCUUCUCCAACUAGUGUCUCAGUCAGCUCAAAUAACAUGUCAGCGCGUGAACGACAGCACAUGCGGAGCAUCCAGCAAAAGCUCGAGCAGCUUGUCGCCGUCCACCGGCAGUUGCUGCGAAAGUACGCGUCACUAGAGCUGGAACUAUCAGAAGCGAAACGGAAGCUGGCUCUACGAGAUGAACGCAUUCGACAAGUGGAGAUCAACAAUCGCAUCAUGGCUGGAAACAUGCGAACACAAGCAGAGAAGCACGUGGAGGAGCUCACACACCUUCGCGACCAAAUUGCCGAUUUCCGCGGUGCGCAGCGCUCGCACUUUGAAGCACAGCUGAAUCAUACAAAUGCGGCGCUAAUGGCUGCUAUGGGAAGCGCCGACACGAGUGCGAUCAAAACGCUUCGUGGUGGGUCCAUCUACAGUAGCGACGGCGUUAUUCGGCCGAUUCGUGGAGGUCGUCGACGCAAAAUGCAGCCGAGCGAGGCGGCAGUGGGUACAAUGGGUACUUUCAACGUCACGGCUGGAACGGCCGACGAUGGUACUCCGUCUCCCGGUUUCUUGACCCGUUUGUUCGGCAAGACGUAG